AUGCGACCACCAGGUAGUGGUUUACUCUAUUCCAUGCAUAAACAUACAGCAUCUGUUGUCGAUCUUGAUUUUACCGAUGAUCAACUGACAGCUAUUUCUUUAUCAGAUCGAAUUGUUGUGAUUAAUAUGACAACUGGAAAUACAGUAUUAGAUAUUAAUUUACCUAAUUUAAAUGAAUCAUAUUUAAAUUCAACAACAUUACCGAAACUCUAUCAUUCGGAAAAAGAAAAUAACAAAUCUACAAAUUCAACUAAUGGAAAUAAUCAAUUUCAACAAAUGCAUUUUUUAGUCAAUUCAUUUCAUCAUAUUUAUCUUGUUUCAGCUCAUUAUGAUAUUAAAUUUGAGCGAAUAUCAAAAAUUGGCUUUCGAAUUGUUGAAUUUAUUGAUAUUAAACGUGGUCUUUGUAUUAUUGCAGAAAUUGAUAGUUACUAUAUUGAAUGUUGGGAUGUUGUACGAAAUCGUCUAUUUAGUCGAAUUGAAUUGUCAUCUUCGUCCAAAAUUAAAAAUAUUCUUUAUAUAAAUAGUUAUUCAAUGAUCAUUAUUGUUUGUCAAAAUGGAAAAAUGCAUUUCUAUUCAAUAAAAGAUUGGAGAAAAUCAUCUUUUUCUCAUUGUGCUUCAAUUCAAGCUAGUCAACAUUUGAAUUUAGUUGCUGUCGAUGGACGUUUCUUAAUUUGUACAUUUGAUAGAAACAUUCCCAGUGACUUUGCUAUUAUUGAUUUAAAAUCAAUUCAUCAAACUGAACAAACGUUAAUCGAUAAUCAAAUUAUCAAAAUAUGGGUCGCUUUUGAUGCUCCUAUUACACCUAAACCAAUAAAACAUCUCGUAUUACCAAACAAGGAAAUGAUGCAAUUCAAUAAGAAAACUUCUAAUUCAUUACUUUUCACAGCUAUAACAAAUGAUGGUUUAUAUAUUGUUCAUUAUUGUAUAGCAGAAACUUUAUCAUAUGUACGUAUCGAUGGUCAUUAUGAUCUUGUUUCAAUGCAUGCCAAAAAUCGACAUAUUGUAUAUUCAGCUAGUCAAGGUAUUAGUGAUAUACAUAAAUGGAAAUGUGUUGUAAAUGAAGAUGAUGGCAAUGUCAAAAAUGAUGCGUUUCAUAAGUAUCAAUUAUAUGUGUCCAUCGAUAUUAGUUCAUCAUCUGUCACUACGAUCAAACCGUCAGCUGAAAAUCCAUUGCAAUUUUUAUGUUCGAUGGAAAAUGGAGUCAUUCAUGCAUAUCAUGCUGGUCAAGCACGUCGAGCUUAUAAGAAAAUACCAACAUUUCCACGUACAAUCGAACCUAUCGAUACUGCUGAAUUGUUCAAUACAAUAGCAGUUACACUUGAUACAAACAAACGAUAA